CCUUGCACAGGCACAAGGACCCCUCGCCUCCAAGCAGCACAGCCGGAGACAGAAUGUCAAGUAGCCCCGAAGGGAGUCUCUCCAGGGGCGGUGGCUCCGACCGCGACUUGAAAAUGGCCUCUUCGAGCAACACGUCUCUGGAGGGGGCACCUCCACCACCGCUGCACCAGAACCGCAUACGGCAGUCCGACAGUAACACCAGCUUCCUGCGGGCUGCCAGAGCGGGGAACAUCGACAAAGUCCUCGACUUCCUGAAGAAUGGAGUCGACAUCAGCACCUGUAACCAGAACGGCCUCAACGCGCUGCACCUGGCGGCGAAGGAGGGACACAUGGACUUAGUGGAGGAGCUGUUGGAGAGAGGAGCGCCCGUCAACUCUCCCACCAAGAAAGGAAACACUGCCCUCCAUAUCGCCUCGUUGGCCGGGCAAAAUGAAGUAGUCCAACUACUGGUGAAGAGAGGAGCCGACGUCAACUUUCAGUCACAGAAUGGCUUCACGCCGCUCUACAUGGCCGCCCAGGAGAAUCACCUGGAGGUGGUACGAUACAUGUUGGAAAAUGACGGGAACCAAAGCAUUGCAACGGAGGACGGCUUCACUCCGCUGGCCAUCGCCCUCCAGCAGGGCCACAACUCGGUGGUCUCUCUGCUGCUGGAGCACGACACCAAGGGUAAAGUCCGCCUGCCGGCGCUGCACAUCGCCGCCCGCAAAGACGACACCAAGUCGGCGGCGCUGCUGCUCCAGAACGACCACAACGCCGACGUCCAGUCUAAGAGCGGGUUCACCCCUCUGCACAUCGCGGCUCACUACGGCAACGUGAACGUCUCCACCCUGCUGCUGAACAGAGGAGCCGCCGUGGACUUCAUGGCCAGGAAUGGGAUAACGCCUCUCCAUGUGGCCUCCAAGAGAGGCAAUACCAACAUGGUGGCCCUGCUGUUGGACCGAGGGGGUCAGAUAGAUGCCAAAACCAGGGACGGCCUGACCCCCCUGCACUGCGCAGCCAGAAGUGGCCACGACCCAGCACUGGAGAUUCUGCUGGACAGAGGAGCUCCCAUCUUAGCCAGAACCAAGAACGGGCUGUCGCCGCUGCACAUGUCGGCCCAGGGAGACCACGUGGAGUGCUUGAAGCUCCUGCUGCAGCACAAGGCCCCGGUCGAUGACGUCACACUGGACUACCUCACAGCGCUGCACGUCGCGGCUCACUGCGGCCACUACCGAGUCACCAAGCUGCUGCUGGACAAGAAGGCCAAUCCCAACAUCAGAGCUCUGAAUGGGUUCACUCCUCUUCAUAUCGCUUGCAAGAAGAACAGGGUGAAGGUGAUGGAACUGUUGGUCAAAUACGGAGCCUCCAUUCAGGCCAUUACUGAGUCUGGCCUGACGCCCAUCCACGUAGCCGCCUUCAUGGGCCACCUCAACAUCGUUUUGCUUCUGCUGCAGAACGGAGCGUCUCCUGACGUCCGUAACAUUCGGGGUGAGACGGCCCUCCACAUGGCAGCACGAGCGGGUCAGAUGGAAGUGGUCCGCUGUCUGCUGAGGAACGGCGCGUUGGUGGACGCCAUAGCCCGGGAGGACCAGACUCCCCUCCACAUAUCGUCCCGUCUGGGGAAAACCGAUAUUGUCCAGCUGCUGCUGCAGCACAUGGCUCACCCGGACGCCGCCACCACCAACGGCUACACUCCGCUCCACAUCGCAGCCCGGGAGGGCCAGUUGGAGACCGCCGCCGUGCUGCUGGAGGCCGGAGCCUCACACUCGCUGGCCACGAAGAAAGGAUUCACUCCAUUACACGUAGCAGCUAAGUACGGAAGCCUCGAUGUAGCAAAACUCCUCCUUCAACGCAAAGCUCUCCCUGACGAUGCUGGCAAGAAUGGCCUGACUCCGCUGCAUGUGGCGGCUCAUUAUGACAACCAAGAAGUAGCUCUGCUGCUCCUGGAUAAAGGGGCAUCGCCUUAUGCCACUGCAAAGAACGGAUACACUCCUCUCCACAUCGCCGCCAAAAAGAACCAGACGAACAUCGCGCUGUCGCUGCUGCAGUACGGAGCGGAGACCAACGUUCUGACCAAGCAGGGGGUCAGCCCUCUGCACCUGGCGGCCCAGGAAGGACACGCCGAGAUGGCCGGCCUGCUGCUGGGCAAGGGAGCUCACGCCAACAAUGCCACCAAGGCCGGACUGACGCCACUGCAUCUCGCAGCCCAAGAGGACCGAGUCAGUGCAGCAGAAGUGCUGGCCAAACAUGACGCCAACCUGGAUCAGCAAACUAAGCUCGGAUAUACCCCUCUGAUAGUGGCCUGUCACUAUGGAAACGCCAAGAUGGUGAACUUCCUGUUACAGCGAGGCGCCAGCGUCAACGGCAAAACCAAGAAUGGAUACACACCCCUUCACCAGGCAGCGCAACAAGGGAAUACGCACAUCAUCAAUAUGUUGCUACAACAUGGCGCCAAGCCCAACGCUAUGACAGUGAAUGGAAACACUGCCCUGUCUAUCGCCAGGCGUCUGGGCUACAUCUCUGUAGUGGACACACUGAAAGUCGUCACCGAGGAGGUCAUCACUACCACAACGACGGUCACAGAGAAACACAAGCUCAAUGUUCCUGAGACCAUGACUGAGAUCCUCGAUGUGUCUGAUGAAGAAGGCGAGGACACCAUGACGGGUGAUGGAGGGGAGUAUCUGAGAGCGGAGGAUCUCCGAGAACUGGGAGAUGACUCUCUGCCGGGACACUACCUGGACAGCUUCAGCUACAUGAGCCACAACCUGGACAGGCCGCAGCACACUCCCAUUCACCAAAGCUUCUGUCAGAGAGAGGGAGUUCUCAUCGAAGACAUGCUUACAAGCCACCAGGUGUCAGCGCUGUCUAAAGAACACGAUAAGGACUCCUUCCGUCUGAGCUGGGGCGCUGAGCACCUUGAUAAUGUGGUGCUGUCCUCGAGUCUGCUGCAUUCUGGCCGUUCCUCUCCGUGCCUAGACCAUGACAACAGCAGCUUCCUGGUCAGCUUCAUGGUAGAUGCCAGGGGCGGGGCCAUGCGUGGUUGCCGUCACAACGGCCUGCGAAUCAUUGUGCCGCCGAGAAAGUGUUCUGCACCCACGCGGGUGACAUGCAGGCUGGUAAAGAGGCACCGGCUGGCCUCCAUGCCCCCUAUGGUGGAGGGGGAGGGGCUGGCGGGUCGCAUCAUUGAAGUGGGACCUACUGGAGCCCAGUUCCUGGGGCCCGUGAUUGUGGAGAUCCCCCAUUUUGCAGCCCUGCGGGGAACAGAGAGAGAGCUGGUGAUCUUGAGGAGUGAGACAGGAGAGAGCUGGAGGGAACACCACUGUGACUUCACCGAAGAGGAACUGAACCAGAUACUUAACGGCAUGGAUGAAAAACUUGAUUCUCCCGAGGAGCUUGAAAAGAAAAGAAUAUGCCGCAUCAUCACCCGAGACUUCCCGCAGUAUUUUGCGGUGGUGUCGCGGAUAAAGCAGGACAGUCAUUUGAUUGGACCAGAGGGCGGGGUCCUCAGUAGCACUCUGGUGCCCCAGGUCCAGGCUGUCUUCCCCGAGGGAGCCCUCACCAAGAAGAUCAGAGUUGGGUUACAGGCUCAGCCCAUUGAUGUCGAGGUGGUGAGGAAGAUCCUUGGUAACAAAGCCACGUUCAGCUCAAUUGUCACAUUGGAGCCAAGAAGGAGGAAGUUCCACAAGCCAAUCACGAUGACGAUCCCUAUUCCCAAGAGCUCCAAUAGUGACGGGACAAGCGGAGUAUACAGCGGGGAGACCCCCACCCUACGUUUGCUUUGCAGCAUUACAGGUGGAACCACUCCCGCCCAGUGGGAGGACAUAACCGGCUCCACGCCUCUCACCUUUGUUAACCAAUGCGUGUCCUUCACCACAAACGUGUCGGCGAGGUUCUGGCUGAUAGACUGCAGACAGGUCCAGGAGUCUGUUAGUUUUGGCUCUCAGCUGUACAGAGAGAUCAUCUGUGUUCCAUACAUGGCCAAGUUUGUCAUCUUUGCCAAGACGCUGGACCCCAUCGAGGCCCGACUGCGCUGCUUCUGCAUGACGGACGACAAGAUGGACAAGACCCUGGAGCAGCAAGAGAACUUCACGGAAGUUGCCCGGAGCCGAGAUGUUGAGGUGCUGGAGGGAAAACCCAUAUUCGCUGACUGCUUUGGAAACCUGGUGCCUCUAACCAAGAGCGGCCAGCACCACGUCUUCAGCUUCUUUGCCUUCAAAGAGAACCGACUGGCCCUCUUCAUCAAAAUUAGAGACACGGCACAGGAGCCAUGUGGUCGCUUGUCCUUCACCAAGGAGCCACGCACAUAUCGUACACUCAACCACAAUGCCAUCUGCAACCUUAACAUCACUCUCCCGACAUACUCAAAGGAGUCUGAUUCAGACCAAGAUGCAGAUGAUGAGAGCGAGAGGAGUGACAAGAAAUUGGAUUGGCAGGAUGAUGCUGACAGGAAAGAGGAGACAUUGGCUAUUGUUGCAGAUCUUCUUGGCUUCAGCUGGACUGAACUGGCAAGAGAACUGGAAUUCAGUGAGGUUGAUAUCCAAUUAGUGAGAACAGAGAAUCCUAAUUCUCUCCAAGAGCAGAGCCAUGCCUUGCUGCAGCGCUGGGUUGAGCGGGAAGGCAAACAUGCCACAGAGGAUUGUCUGAUUAAGAGACUAACCAAGAUCAACCGCAUGGACAUUGUCCAUCUUAUUGAAACCCAGAUGAACAAGUCCGUCCAAGAGCAGACAUCUAGAACUUAUGCAGAGAUAGAGAAGACACUGGAUCACAGUGAAGUGUCAGUAGCCCUAUCUUCAGUGCAAGAGGAUGCAGACAGCCCCAGAGUUGUGAGAAGGGUUGAGUCAGACCGCAGACCACCCCCAGCUGUUUCUGAAGAGGAUCUCUCAGUUGCUUCCCUACUGGAUAUUCCUUCCUGGGCAGAGACGGUUGGACACAUCCACUCAGAGAGCAUGCAUUGUGACCUGUUGGAGGAGCUCGAGAUCCCACAUGAGUUGAACCCUAACCUGUGGACCUCUGAGGAUGUAAUUACAGAGGAAACUACAAGUUACGACAACUUGGAUGAGCAAGUAUCAACGGCAUCAUCCAGGACAAGUCUUUCAGAAUCUUCAAGACAAUCUUUUUUAAAUUUAGGACAGGGACAGGUCUUUCCAACCGAAACACCCUCCUUGACACAGGUUUCAAACACACUUUCCACUGAAAAACUAGAAUUACCAUUUCCAGGUACCUUUGACCUAAGUAAAACAUCUGAAAUCACAUUGACCACCACUAGCUCACCACAGGAAAAAGAUAAUGAGAUGUCAUUCGCCAAACAAAGUGAAAAUUCGGACUUAGCUAAACCAAUCUCAGCGGCCCUAAACUCAAUCUGUCAAACAGCUCUAGAAAGCCCCGAUGAACAAGUCAUCACAUCCUCUGAGUCCACACCAACACCACCCAAGUCUGGAUCCCCUCAGCUUGACCAGUUGUUGUCAGAUCUGGAGGAGAUGGACGUUAAAUUUAGAACAGACAGACCUGACCCACUUCUGUUAGAAUUCAGUGAUGGAAGCUCUGAAGGUGAUCAAAUGUGUGACCUUGAUGACCUUUCACCUGACGAUCAAUGCCAUACAGAAGAAAGUGAUAACCUAAGAGCCAGCGUGUCAUCUGCUACACCGCUUGCUGAAGAUACUAACCACACAAAUGUAGAAGUCAUAGAGCCUGCACAUUUCAGAGCAUCCUCCCCAGAGUCAGUGGCAUCUCAAAGUCAACAUAGGCUCCUCUCUCCUGAUUCACCUGUUCCUCAGUUCCAAUCUUCCCAAAUCGGUUAUGAUGUGCAACCGUCUACCCACCAGUCCUUUACACCACAAUCAAUAUGUUCAGGCCAGGAAGGUACUGACUUGUGUCACGAAGCCCGGUUUGAUACCAGACCAAAGUCUCCGCAGUCAGCUUCAUCAGAUGUUGAACUUGAUACAUUAUUUAGUAGCAGGGCAUUGUCCCCAGAAUCCGUGUCUUCUGACUUUGACUUUUUGCUCCUGAAGGACUGGUUAGCAGACUUCAGAGCAUCCGCCCCAGAACCUGUGGUGUCAGUUGAGCAGCAGACUUUUUCUACGUGCGUGACAUUUAACCAGAUGAAGAUGUCAUUCCCCAAACAAAGUGAAAAUUCAGACUUAGCUAAACCAAUCUCAGCGACCCCAAACUCACUCUGUCAAACAGCUCAAGAAAGUCCCGAUGAACAAGUCAUCAUAUCCUCACCAACACCAUCCAAGUCUGGGUCCCCUCAGCUUGACCAGCUGUUGUCAGAUCUGGAGGAGAUUGACGUUAAAUUUAGAACAGAGACACCUGACCCACUUCUGUUAGAAUUCAGUGAUGGAAGCUCUGAAGGUGAUCAAAUGUGUGACCUUGAUGACCUUUCACCUGAAGAGCAAUGCCAUACAGGUGUACCAUCAAGCAUUGAUAAUUGUAAGGAUAGUCCUUUAUCUCCCGCUGAGUCCCUUUCAACUCCAGAAUGUCCCCAAAGAUUUUGUGAAGUGAUGGUAUCACUGCACUCAAGUUUUCCUGUGGACAUAUUCCAGUCCAGCACAUAUGGUGAAAAUGCAACCGAGACACUUUCUUCAGUGUCAAUAGAAGCCAAGAGCCUUCCUGACAUACCGGAGGAACAUCUGGCAAAUCUCUGUGAGGAAGGUUCCCCAACUGACAUUCUUCAAAGUCCAGAAAAAAUUGAAUCAGCUCUAUCAUCUCAAGACUCAAUGGGUGUGACAGGAGACAUGUCAACACAGAGUAUCCAAGAUAAACUUACACAUUCAUGGGAGGUAACUUUUGUUGAAGCACUUCAGACUGAAGAUGUCUCUUCCCAGUCUCUUUCUGAAUUGACUCCGGAGACAGUUACAUCUGCAAGACAUUUUAGCUUUGAGGAACUGAUGGAGGCAUCCUCAGAUGAGGCUAGGCCAAGGACCAGUGGACAGCAUUCAGAAGAAUCUCUGACUCCAGUAGAGUCCGAGGGUUUUGCCUCUCACCCUACUCCAGUUAAACCCAAAGCAGAGGUGGCUUCCUCAACUUCCGAUGAGGAGUAUAGCAUCCUAUCUGGGCAUACCGAGAUCUCUUCUACCACAACCAUUGAUACCCACAUGCCUCCAGGAUAUGCAGAAGUUGUGCAGAGUGGUGCAGGCAGCCCAACCUUUGAAUACUCUGACCCAGAGCCUUUCUUUGACUGCAUACAGGCUGCAUCAGAUUUCUCAGAGACUGAGCCUGAUGAACCUGAGGCUAGUACGAGGUCAAAUGGAGAUCAGCCCCAGGGUCAUCUCAGCCAUCUUAAAGUGCUAGAAAAAGGGAAUCGAAAAAUUCUGUUGUCCUCUGGAAGUGAAGAUUAUGAGGAUGCUCCUUUUGUCCAGGAGCCUCCUUAUAAUGUACACAAAGAGAAAGAAGAAUUAUUACACUAUUCAGAAGCAUCGGAUGAAGAAUUCACCUUGUGUGAGGCUUCACAACCGCCCCCUGUCUGGGAAAGUGUGGCAUAUGAUGAUACUGUUAAAUCUCUGACACGGGCCGAUGAAAUGCCAGACCUCCCCACUCGCUCAGUGACGGAAGAAAGGUACAAGGAUGAAAAUGGACACGUUGUUGUCAAAAAGGUUACACGUAAAAUAAUUCGCAGGUGUGUUUCCGCCGAUGGAGUGGAGCGUGAAGAGGUGUCAUCAGAAGGAGUCCGCAUGGCGGAUGGAGACGGAUACUCCAAGGUGGUGAAGCGCACCGUGCUGAAGAGUGAGGGCGACCACACAGAGGUUACAUUUGCUGAAUGUGAGGGUUCCUCAGCAUCGAGUCAGGAGACGGCUGGAGGCUGUACGGUCAGCCGCGUAGAAAGAACAAUGGUGGUGGAGGGUGAAAGAACCCUGACCCUCCAGGGGGAUCCGUCUUUGGCCUCCGACCUCCCCUCUGCCCAAAAAGACUUCAAACAGGCACUAGGUUAUUUAAGUGGUUUUACCACAUCAGAGCUCCCUCUUGUGGUAGAGAGGGAGACUGUCAAAGAAGAUGGAACUGUGGUCAGGAGGUGUGUGAGUGCUCCGAGUGAACCCGGUUCGAUUGCACACGUGUGAAGAGCUGCAGGUUUAUCAGUUUUACUAAUAUUGACUAAUGUUUGCUUUAUGUGGAUAUCCUUAACCACUUGGACAAGUA